UGUCUGGCUGCAGCACCACAACCGACGCGGAAAAACAAAGUCAACCACUAUGAAGGCAGCCGUGCUGUUCCUCCUCCUGAGUGCUGUAGUUCUCAGCUGCGCCCACCCAUCUCCGAAGGACAAGGAGGACCGUGGCGGAAUGGACGUGGACGUGCACAGGGAGAAGGGCGUGGGCACCGUCGUGGGCGCCCACGGCCACGGAAACGUCUGGAAGAGCGACGACGGCAGGACGCGCGUGGACGCCGACGGUAACUGGCAGAGGGUCUACCGCGGACCCGGCGCCGGCAAACCCACGUACUCCGGGGGCGUUCGCCUCUCUCACACUUGGUGAACACCGAGCACCACUACUUGCCUGACGUCCUAAGCCCAUGGGGAGCACGUCGUUUGGAAUUGCUGUUUCUCGGCGACUGAACUUUUUUUCGGAAAUGAAUCCCGUGUUAGUACCUGUAUUGUGUACUACGACGAUAUUUAGAUUCAGUUAUCUGUAGAUACAAUAUCCUGACACUCAAUAAACAACAUUAUACAACU